AUGUACAGAAACGCAGCAGCAAGACUUGCAAGAGCAUCCAAGCAAUCCACAAGGGCACUUUCCUCUAUGGCCAAGAGACCAACGGCGGUUUCUGCUGUUAAGAGCGUCAAGCCAUUAACCCAAUCCGUUAGAGGAUUAAAGAAGAUCAACUUUGCCGGUGUUGAAGAGCUUGUUCACGAGAGAGCAGACUGGCCAAGAGAGAAGUUGCUUGAAUACUUCAAGAAUGACACUAUGGCCUUGAUUGGUUAUGGUUCUCAAGGUUAUGGUCAAGGUUUGAACUUGAGAGACAAUGGCUUAAAUGUCAUUAUUGGUGUUAGAGAGGGUGGUGCUUCAUGGAAGGCUGCCAUUGAGGACGGCUGGGUUCCUGGUGAAAAUUUGUUUUCUAUUGAGGAGGCAAUCAAUAAGGGUACCAUUAUUAUGAAUUUACUAUCAGAUGCUGCUCAAUCCUCAACUUGGUCUCAAAUCAAGCCUUUAAUCACUGAGGGAAAGACCUUGUAUUUCUCCCAUGGGUUCUCACCAGUCUUUAAGGACUUGACCCAUGUCGAUCCUCCAACAAAUGUCGAUGUAAUUCUUGCAGCUCCAAAGGGUUCUGGUAGAACUGUUAGAUCCUUGUUUAAGGAAGGUAGAGGUAUCAACUCCUCCUAUGCUGUCUGGAACGAUGUUUCCGGCAAGGCUGAAGAGAGAGCAAUUGCUUUGGCUGUUGCCAUUGGUUCUGGUUACAUUUACCAAACCACUUUUGAGAAGGAAGUUUACUCUGACCUUUACGGUGAAAGAGGUUGUUUGAUGGGUGGUAUCCAUGGUAUGUUUCUUGCACAGUAUGAGGUUUUACGUGAAAACGGCCAUUCUCCUUCAGAGGCAUUUAAUGAAACCGUUGAAGAGGCAACCCAAUCUCUUUACCCAUUGGUUGGUAAGUACGGUAUGGAUUACAUGUACGAUGCAUGUUCCACUACUGCAAGAAGAGGUGCAUUGGAUUGGUAUCCUAUUUUCAAGGACAACUUGAAGCCGGUCUUUGAGAAGUUGUAUGCCUCUGUUAGAGAUGGUUCUGAAACUCAAAGAUCUUUGGACUUUAAUUCCCAAGCCAACUACAGAGAAGAGUUGGAGAAGGAAUUGGAGACUAUCAGAAACAUGGAAAUCUGGAAGGUUGGUAAGGAAGUCAGAAAGUUGAGACCAGAAAACAACUAA